AUGCCCGGGAUCGGGAGGGCGGUGGCUGCUUGCUCGUGCCUUCUCUACCAGCUGCUGCACUACGACGCCGAGCAGCUCCACGCGGUGGCGUGCUUGAUUGGGGAGCGAGCGUUUCUGUUUGACAGGACCACCAAGACGGUGUUCUUCUUUGGCUACUCGACUCCGGCGAUGGAGAAUUUAUUUGGAGGUCUCCAUGCAGAUGAGGGGGUAUAUUAUCUGCGACGUGAUGGGGUGGAGGAAGAUGUUGCCCGCCAAAAUGCCUCCCACUGGGUGGGGCAUGCUCGCCGUGUCGUCUCCAAACGAAACUGGCUACAGGGACUGGGAGGAGGACAUGGGCGCCCGCCGGAUCAUCAUGAACGGCCGUGA